AAAUGAUGUUGUAUAAAACUUCAAAUAUCAUAUAUAUGGAAUUAAAACUUCGUAUUCCAUCAAAAACUUAUCAAUAGGAUAGUCCUACAAUUUUGAAUAUUAUUCGCCUAGUUUCUUCUUUGAUGCGGAACCUAUAUAUGUAUCCUCUCAAUUAAUCUAUGGUACGGUCAAUAAUUGACCAGUCAUUUUUUAUAACAUCAAGUUAACUUGUAAUUCAUUGGUUAAAAAUUAACUUGUAAUUGGAUAUUAUCAGUAUUUAAAAAAAUGAACUAAACAUUUUAAAACUUCUUGCUAUGCUGGCAAACAACUAUGAAAAAGUAUAACAAUGACGCAGAUUAUGAGUAAUGAUAAACAAGGACUUACUUUUGAAAUAAUAUCAACAAAAAUAGCUGAAGUACAGGAGGAGAGAAAAUAUGUUAUAUAUACAUUGCAAGUUCGGUUUAUAUCUGAUAAUGAUGAUACAAGUCCUUCAAUGAUCGAAAGACGAUAUACCAACUUUUUAGAUUUAUAUACAUCUCUUAAAAAAGAGUAUCCACAUCUUAUGAAUAAUAUUGUGUUUCCCAAAAAAGCGCUUACUGGGAAUUUUAGCAGUGAACUAAUAUCUGCUCGAAGUACAGGAUUUGAAUCUCUUUUAAAACAUAUCACCAGUAAUAAUCAAUUAAAAAACUCAUUAGCCUUAAUAGCCUUUCUUCAAGAUGCAGAACUUCAAACAGUGAAAUCUCUACUGCAUGAUAUGAAAUAUUCAUUGGCUUAUCCAAUUUUAGAAGAUAGUUUGAAAUUAUUAAACAAGGUAUUUACUGAUAGAUCUCCGGUGGUGCUUUUAGCAUUAGUUCGAUUAAUAGCUUGUGGAGCAUCUCUUCCUGAAUUUCCAGAUGUGCUAAAAUGGGCUGAUUUAGCUCUUCACAGAUUUGAAGGAGUCAGUGACGGUGAUCUCUUACAACUAUAUGUACCAUUAUUCCGAACAUGUGUCAAAUUGUGGUGUCAAAAUGGUAGGAAUCCAGAAGAGUUACAAAAAACAUUAUGUAGUUUACAGAAACAAGGUGUUAAAAUGGAAGAGAAGUCGCUUAUAGAUGCCGUUAAAACUGUAGAGGAAAAGAUAUUUGGUAUUUAGAAUUAAAAGUGAAACUAUAUUUUUCAAUUAAGGUAAGAGACACAAUGGCAGACACAAAAAAACUAAAUAUCUUUCAUUUUUAGGUAAAGUUGAUUUAGUUGUGCCUUUCAUCUAUCUUGGGGUUUUGGAGUAGUAAAAUAGUAGUGGUUUCAAUUUGAAAUGUCUGCUUGUGUUACUACACAGUACAAGUGUUAAGCGAUCAUUCGCAGCUUUAAAUCCAGUGCUCAUUUUUCUUUAUGGGACGGAAAUGCAUCCUUACAGCAUGUAUGAUAGUAUGAUACUUUUUUUAAAAAACAUAUAUGGGAGAAAAUACCAAUUUGGAACAAGUUUCACUAGAAUAGUUUGGUCGUUAAAAGUGUCUAGAUUUAACAGUGCUUACUGUAGCAAAAUUUUGUUAGAAACCUAAUAUCAACCUAAUCAUAAAUACAUGAAGGGGAUGAUAUUUCUAAUUUAAUUUUGAGGAUCAAACAAAAAAGUGUCAGUUAUAGGUACACUGUCUCAUUGUGGUGCUCUUGACAGAAUUAAAAUGAAAUAAAAGGUGAAUCGAGUAUAAAUGUGAAAAGAAGUCUAUACUGUAUAAGUGAGAAAUGAGAAACAGCCUUACAUCACAUACCGACUGAAUUUGUAUAUUGAAGAUAAUUAUGUGCUAGGUGAUUUUUUUAUGUAAAUUAUUUCUGUUAGUAGUAGUUUUAAGUAAUUGAUCAUGUUUAAAUUAUGUUUUCCCCGAUCUCCAUCAUGAAUGCUAAGAGAAUCCAGCAUUAAACAUUUGGACAGAAUUAUUCCUAUUUGAGAAAGGUAAUACUUCCUAAAUAAAAAAUUAAUACGUAUUUUAUCAGUGGCUUUAUUUAGUAGUUUAGUAUAAUAACAGAGAUGUUGUAUAAAAGAAUAUAUUUUUUGUAACCUUAGCGAGUUGAGAAAUAAAUACAUUAUUUUCUAAAAAA